CAGCAGUUCCCAGCUAAUGGACUAUUCAGCGGCGCGAUCUCUUUGUCAGCUACCGAAAGGUCGGUGUAGUCCUUUCAGCACCCACACGUGAAUAUUUCUGCUUUAAGGCUGUGUGCAUAGGCGAGAAGACCAGCCCCGAGCUUCACCCUCCCUUCCUGGUAUCCUGUUUCAGAGGUCUGCCUCGUCGCUCAUGCAACUCAGCUGUCUCCUGGAGGUGUGUUUGUUCACUCCUUCUUCCGCAAAUUUGAGCUGCUUCUCCUUCCAUUGUAUUAAGUAAGCCAUUUUAGGCAUUGCUGGGAGAUUGGGAGAAUGAGAAAGUGCUCAAUGUAGAACGGCAAGUUGAAGAAUGUGAACCCAAAGACUGUCAGAAAACAGGAUCGUCAGCGUUAAACAGCCGGAGUCCUUAAUAAACAAAACUGGACUUGGAACUGGAUCAUUCUGUUCAGGAAGCCUCAUCAGAGGAUUUGUUAAUCCAGAUUCCCAGCAUGCAUGAUAAAGAAGAAGAAUUGAUUUCCAGACUGGACAAAAUCUGAUGGUAGUAAGAACCACCAGAAAAAGUGGCUUCAACCCUCAAAACCAAUGACAGUGCCAUCUCUAAUGUUAUCAGUGCCCAACAGCUUGCCAAUGGAGGCACUCUACAGAAAUGGCUGCCUGUAGUUUGAGUCGUGAGGGGAAUACUGCUUGUCUUCUCACAGGAAGGCAUGCCACAAACAUUGACUUCUACAAGUAUGUUUAACACGAGUGGCUUUAGCCAUCAACUUCACCCAACCAAAGAAAACGAACAUGAAAGGCUAACAUUUCAGGAUGGUAACCUUAUCUCAGCAUCUUUAGAAGCUUUGAUCCAACACCUCAUACCUACAGUUGACUAUUAUCCUGAAAAAGCAUACAUAUUUACAUUUCUACUGAGUUCACGAUUAUUCAUCGAACCCCAUGAGCUAUUAUCAAAAGUAUGCCACAUGUGUAUAGAGCAGCAAAGUCUAGAUGAGCCAGUGCUUGACAAGGCACGAAUUAAAAAGUUUGGACCUAAGAUAAUGCAGCUGCUGACAGAAUGGACAGAGACUUUCCCAUCCGAUUUUCGGGAUGACAGAAUGAUUGCGCAUCUAAAGGACAUGAUCCACAGGAUAGCUCCUUGUGAUGAGAGUUAUUGGAAGACAAUGAAUCAGCUUUUACAAACACUGGACCAAAAACUGACAACUCUAAAUCAAGGUGAAGAAAACAUAGUGAAGCUCAAUGCUUGUGUGUCCGAUAAAUUGGUUAUCAUCAAAACCAAGCCUCCAUCCAUUCAAAGAGAUGUACUGAGUAUUUGCAAUGAUCCAUAUACCCUGGCACAACAGCUAACUCAUAUAGAACUGGAAAGAUUGAGUUUUAUUGGUCCUGAAGAAUUUGUACAAGCAUUUGUACACAAGGAUUCUUUGGAAAACCCAAAGUCUUGCUUCAGUGACCAAAAGAAAACAGACAAUCUUGAAGCCUAUGUCAAAUGGUUCAACAGACUCUGCUAUUUAGUAGCUACCGAAAUUUGUAUGCCCGCAAAGAAGAAACACAGAGCACAAGUAAUAGAGUUUUUUAUUGAUGUUGCUCGAGAGUGCUUUAAUAUUGGUAACUUUAAUUCUUUGAUGGCAAUUAUAUCUGGUAUGAACAUGAGCGCUGUUUCUAGGUUGAAAAAGACUUGGGGGAAGGUUAAAACAGCAAAAUUUUACAUUCUUGAGCAUCAAAUGGAUCCUACAGGUAACUUCUACAACUACAGAACAGCUCUCCGUGGGGCAGCUCAUCGGUCACUAACUGCACACAGUAACCGAGAAAAAAUUGUUAUCCCUUUCUUCAGCCUACUGAUCAAAGAUAUUUAUUUCCUAAAUGAGGGAUGUGCAAAUCGUCUUCCUAAUGGUCAUGUGAAUUUUGAGAAAUUUUUAGAAUUGGCCAAACAAGUAGGAGAAUUUAUGAUGUGGAAACAGGUUACAUGUCCUUUUGAAGAUGAUCAAAAUAUCAUUCAUUAUCUUCAUACAGCCCCUGUCUUCUCUGAAGAUGGUUUGUAUUUGGCGUCAUAUGAAAGUGAAAGUCCAGAAAACCAACUUGAAAAAGACAGAUGGAAAACUUUAAGAUCAACACUCUUAGGAAAGACAUGAGUGUACUGAAGCAGUAGAAUACAAAUCUACUCAUAUCAUAGCUUGCACUAUUGACUUCAGAAACCAGCAGAGAUAUAGGUUUUCUUGUGAACUUUGAUGAGCAGGAUUCAUCAGUCAGAGUCAUACAAAUAUGAAGAGAAAAAAUAUUCCUCACUUGAACCCUUCUCUAAACAAGCAGUUUUUAAAUUGUACAGAUCUAAUCAAUAAAAAGCUGGAUAACAUUAAAUUUCAGAAACUGAAAUACUCUAUCUCAGUUAGUACAUGUUCUGUGACUGAUUUAGACAAACUAGACUGCAAGACAUUUAAAGAUCUGAAAGUAAAUAGUUUCAUUUAUUAAAAUAUUCUGCAACUGUAUAGUUCAUGUUUUGAACUCCACCUGAUAUAGAUUUGAACAUACGAACUGAACUCAAGAAGCCAAGUUUCAGGAUUCACUGUGUCAAGGUAACUGCUCUUUAUCUCAACUGAAAGAAAUACUUCCGUUUGCAGGAAGAUUCUACUAGACUGACAUUCAGUUGUGUACAAUACUUGAUAAUUUUGUAGAGCACAUAUUUUGUGUUGUAAUAUUUUACUCAGUGGGUACCUGAUCCCAUCAUGUGCAUGCAUUUAAAAUGUCUCAUUAAAGUUUGAAUUAUUGUGACAUUUUUCACUUGCUUACUUAGCAAGUUUAGAUGAUACAAUUCAUCACUAACAUUAUUUAAACAAUAUAGCAAAAUGUAAUGUAAAUAUAAAUCUGACUUUCUUAUGUGCAUUUUGUGAAAUGGAACAAAUUUUGAACUAUAAAAUGCUAAUUGUCAGUAUGCCUUGUUCAUACUAAGUAACAAAUUAAGACAACAGAUUUAACCUGAUCAAUCAUAACAAAAGCGGGUGAAUACUAAACAGGUUGGAGUUAUACUAUCUGUGAGUUAUGUAACAGUCAUCUGUUAAACCCUAUAAAUAUUAUUACAUGAGGUUUAUAUCUGGCAGGCACAUAAUAUUUCCUUCUGAAUUGGAUAAUUUUAUGAUGUAAAUAUGAUUUUCACAUACAUAUACUAACCUUAAUUUAUAGUAAAAAAAGAUUAUUAUUGUUAACUUCAAUCUGAGUAGUCAUGGUGAUAAAGAAAAAUGAGGAAGAACUAAGUCUAUAUGAUCGCUGUGUACAAUCCCACAGGUAUUUGAAAUUCAGGAAAUUAAAGCCAUUGAAGAUGCACGUAGUUAUAACAGACACAUAUAAUGGCAUUUACUUGUUACUUAAGUACAGGAUAUUUUUGUAGUACAUAAUAAUAUUGUAAAUGGUGUUACAUAUUAGCCAAACUAGUAUUAUAUGACUCUUGUCAUAUGUAUAUCAUGUUGGUCACCUGUGCCCUGCAUCCAUUUAUAAGCACUUGUUUUGCAAACAUUUUGGGCAUGAUAAUCCCUGCACUGGAGGUGGCAAGGCAGGUGGUGAAUAGAUCAAAUAAUUGUGCAGACUGACCCCUGAGAGAUCCUUGCCACCUUGCCAACUUAGCCAUUACGUGCUUGAUGAGAAACGUUAUGGGCAAGAAGUCAAUUUAAGAUUUCAAUUAGUGAAUUAACAGCUACUUAAGGGCCUCACCUCAUCACCUGCCCAAUUACCUGCUUUGCCAAAGACGAGCAAAGUGGCUGGUUUCCAAAUGGACAAAUGGGAUGAUGAGCCUGCUGGUUUGAAGUAACUCUUCUAUUUGACCAAAUCAGAUGCAAGGGGAGGAUAGGGGCAAAGGUAUGGCUCACGAAAGCCCUUACCUCUGCCUCCAACACCCUAAAUGCAUGACUCUAACGGAAAAGCACUAUACUUCAUGUUGUUUGAGUCCCUACAGCUUAGACCUCCAGGAUGAUCUCGAGAAGCCAGAGGCUGCCUGCCUCUAAGUUGUCCGCAGCUUCUGGCCCAGUGAGAUUUCAGUAUCGAGGUUCAUACCUGUCAAGAUACUCGCUGGUCAGUUAUUCAGUGGUUGAUUGGAGUUUGACCUGGAGGGCUUUCUGACUGAUGAAGGCAGCAAGUCAGUUGCCCCCAAAGACCCUUAGACUCCUUGCUUAGCUCAUGAAGUGCUAAGUCAUGACCAAGUUCCUGUUUUUUGUAAAUUGUUUGUUAAUUACUUUAAUCCAACAAGGAUAACCAUGACCAUUCAUAAUUCUAGAGCCGAUAUCUAUCUGUUUCUGAAUGGUGGCAAAUUUGGCAAAGAUGCUGGCAUUAAUUGGAUACAUUGCUUCACAGAUGUUAUGAGGCUUAAAAUGUGUACAGUCCUCCAUGUUGUGCUGGUAUAUAAUCACCAUUCUGACAUUUUACUCUCAAAAAUCUGUUUUGUGGUCAAAUGCUUCUUGUAAAAAGCCUAGAAAGCAUGAUUCCUUAUACAGUUUUUUUUUAGUUGUAUGCUUUAUUUGGUUAAAAAGAUGAAAUUAUUGCUGUGGUAUUUGAAAAUUGAACUUUUAUACUGCUGUAUGAGAUAAUGGAAAUAUUGUUGAUAAUAUUCUGGCUAAUUUAUCUGUGCAUAGAAUUUAUAUAUUAUGUGUAAUUUAUACUGUGUUCUAACAGUUUGGCU